AUGACUUGUGGUUUUAUGAUUGGCGUCACUCCCUCGGAAUGCUCGCGCUCUGCCUCAAGGUUCAAACUACAAGUGUCGGCUGUUAGAUGUUACGGUACCUCGUUGGGAUUGCUGCUGAAACAUGAUGAUUCUCGCAGCUCCCUGAGCACAGAGACGGGCGCGGGCACGCCGGAGAGAGCCGAGGAUCGCCGCGAUUCCGUGGACUUUACUGGACAAAGGAGAGCAUCAGCAGGGGGCAGGGCACCCACUUAUUGCAAGUUCAGUCAACAGGAAAUCAGAAGUCUCCUCAUGUGUUUCCUUCACAUCAUUAAAACAAUGUCAGAAGACGCAUUAUUGCCGUAUUGGAACAAGAUGGCCCCUCAAGAACUAAUGGAAUAUCUCUCACUUUUGGAGAUCUGCCUUCAUCAGUUCCGAUACGUGGGCUGCAGAUCCAUCGCAAGGACCCAAGAGGCCCAGGGCUCCAAGUUCUCUGUGGCUGAGAGGAAGACACAGACGAUGCCAGCUCUCCGCAGCCGGCCAGCGUCAGUGCACGCCAGACUCCAGCAGGUCGGGCACAUGGACAGCUCGUUCACCCUCAACCACAGUGCUGGGAUCAGUGAGGUGGAGGUCAGUCACCAGUCUCUGGUGGAGGGGAACCUGGCCACUGAGGUGUCACUGACUGUGCUCGACUCAGUCUCCUGCUUCAUCCACAACUUCAAGAACCAGCUGAUCCAGGAUGAUGGCCACAACCUGCUGAUGAAGAAAGUGUUUGACAUCCUGCUGCUGCUCACCGGCGGCCAGUCCGAAACCGCCAUGAGACACACCUUCGCCUCUCUACGGGCUUUCAUCAGCAAGUUCCCAGCCACGUUUUUUAAAGGCAGGGACAGUGUCUGUGCUACAUUUUGCUACAAAAUCUUGAAAGGCUGCACCUCGAAGCUGAACUCGACUCGCAGUGAAGCCUCCGCGCUCCUCUACCUGCUGAUGAGGAACAACUUUGAGUACACCAAGAGGAAGACCUUCCUGAGAACACACCUACAGAUCAUAAUUGCGGUGAGCCGACUAAUCGCUGAUGUUGUGUUCACCGGAGGAUCCCGCUUCCAGGACUCUCUGGCCAUCAUCAAUAACUUUGCCAACAGUGACAAGGCUCUCAAGUCGACCGCCUUCCCGGGCGAGGUGAAGGAUCUAACCAAGAGGAUCCGCACGGUGCUGAUGGCCACAGCCCAGAUGAAGGAGCACGAGAAGGACUCUGAGAUGCUGGUUGACCAUCAGUACAGUUUGGCCAAGUCCUACGCCAGCACGCCGGAGCUCAGGAAGACCUGGCUGGGCAGCAUGGCCAAAAUCCACACGAAGAAUGGAGACCUCUCUGAGGCAGUGAUGUGUUUCGUUCACGUGGCAGCCGUGGUCGCUGAAUACCUCCACAGGAAAAGUAAGCUCCGGAUUCUAUUUCUAAACCCAGCUCUGCGGUUAAGGGCCUGUCCCACUUGGCGAUUUUUUCCCCGGUGA